CUGAGGGAAGAGAGGAACGUGUUGGGGCAAUCAGUGCAAGUGGAUUUGUGUUCACAGAUGAACAAGAGGCCUUGAAGUCCAUCAUGAAGGACCUGGUGGCACUCCAGAUGGGCAGGCGCCACCGGCUGCCUGGGUAUGACACCAUGAAGAACAAAGACACUGCUCACUCCAACAAACAGAAAAAACACAAUGCCAGCAGUCCCCCACUCUUGGGCAGCCCUGCAAUAAUGAACCAGUGUGCCUCUGCAGUGGAAGAAAAAAAAAUUCCGAAUGAUGUCAGGAUAAAGUUUGAACAUAAUGGGGAGAGACGGAUUAUCCCAUUUGUCCGUCCUGUGCGCUACGAAGAUGUGCAACAGAAAGUGAAAACAGCCUUUGGGCAGCCCCUGGACCUCCACUACAUGAACAACGAGCUCUCUAUUCCUUUGAAAAACCAAGAUGACCUGGAUAAAGCUGUAGAUCUCUUAGACAGGAGCUCGAAUGUGAAAAGCCUGAGGAUACUAUUGCUGUCCCAGGACAGAAACCAUACCAGUUCUUCACCCCAUUCUGGACUGCCCAAGCAAGUCAGGAUUAAAACUUCCCAAUCUGUGGGGGAUGUGAGCACACCCUAUCAGCAGCCAGAACCCAGAAGUAGGCAUCUGUCUGUCAGCUCCCAGAACACGGGCCGCAGCUCUCCCCCGCCCGGCUACGUGCCCGAGCGGCAGCAGCGCAUCGCCCGCCAGGGCUCCUACACCAGCAUCCACAGCGAGGGCGAGUUCAUCCCCGAGACCAGCGAGCAGUGCAUGCUGGACCCUCUAAGCAGUGCUGAAAACUCAGUGUCAGGAAGCUGCCAGUCCUUGGACAGUCCUUCUUUUCGGAAGUCACGGAUGUCGAGGGCACAAAGCUUUCCUGAUAACAGACAGGAGUUCUCAGACCGUGAGAAUCAGAUCUACGACAAAGCGGGCAAAGGUGGGACCUACCCUCGGCGCUACAACGUCUCCAUACAGCACAAGGACUACAAUGAGGGCCGGAGGACUUUUCCCCGGAUACGACGUCACCAAGGGAAUCUCUUCACCUUGGUGCCUUCCAGCCGUUCACUGAGCACCAAUGGAGAAAACCUGGGCCUGGCUCUGCAGUACCUGGACCCGCGGGGCCGCCUCCGGAGCGCCGACAGCGAGAACGCGCUGGGAGUGCAGGAGAGGAACAUCGCCACCAAAUCUCCAAGUGCUCCAAUAAACUGGCGCCGAGGAAAACUGCUGGGCCAGGGAGCCUUUGGUCGCGUGUAUUUGUGCUACGACGUGGACACGGGCAGAGAGCUUGCAGCUAAGCAGGUCCAGUUUGAUCCAGAGAGCCCUGAAACAAGCAAGGAAGUGAGUGCCCUGGAGUGUGAAAUUCAGCUGCUGAAGAACCUCCAGCAUGACCGUAUUGUGCAGUAUUACGGCUGCUUAAGGGACCGAGCAGAGAAGACCUUGACCAUCUUCAUGGAGUACAUGCCAGGAGGGUCAGUGAAAGACCAGCUGAAGGCGUACGGGGCCCUGACGGAAAACGUCACGCGGAAAUACACGCGGCAGAUCCUCGAGGGCGUCUCGUACCUUCACAGCAACAUGAUCGUGCACAGGGACAUCAAGGGUGCCAAUAUUCUCCGUGACUCUGCUGGGAAUGUGAAGCUGGGGGACUUUGGGGCCAGCAAACGGCUGCAGACAAUCUGCAUGUCGGGGACAGGCAUCCGCUCCGUCACGGGCACCCCGUACUGGAUGAGCCCCGAGGUGAUCAGUGGGGAAGGCUACGGCAGGAAGGCAGACGUGUGGAGCCUCGGCUGCACCGUGGUGGAGAUGCUGACAGAGAAGCCCCCCUGGGCAGAGUACGAAGCCAUGGCAGCAAUCUUCAAAAUUGCCACCCAGCCCACCAACCCCCAGCUCCCCUCCCACAUAUCAGAACAUUGCCGGGACUUCCUAAAGCAGAUCUUUGUGGAAGCCAGGCACAGACCCUCUGCUGAAGAGCUGCUCAGACACCAGUUUGCACAGCUCCAGUACUGAAUUACCUCCCUUGCUCACAGCUCCUGCUGGGCUUUCCGUGCCCUGUCUUGUCUAGUUGCAACUGCCCGUUGUGGUGCUGCAUCUUCAAAAUGCCAACUCAGCUAGGCCUAGUCCUUUGGGAAGUUCUGCCAAGGAACUUGGGGUCUGCUCUCGUGCCUGAUCCUUCGUUUGCUGGACUGAUGUUCAUCCUGCCGACAGCUGUCCAAGCAAAGCUGCGUUUUCCCGUUACCUGGCUGCGUGUUUUCUUCCAGCACAGGAAUGGGAAUCUGACAAGUGUCCUCACUUGCUGAACAUAGGAGAAAUCUGAACCCGGGUGGGAACUGGAAGAGCUCCAUUCUUCAGCAAAAGAGAAACUUGCACCAGCCUCCAGACCUGCUCUGUGGGAGUCCCUGGUUUCCCCUGCUGGGGCUCCAGAGGCGUCUCCAGUACCUGAGUCCAGCAAAAAGCCAUGUGUCAUGGAGCCUGUGCUUGCUACAGGAUGGUAUAUUCUUCUUCUUGAGUAUUCAGCAUCUGAAGGUGUUGAGAAAAUAUUGAUUCAAAAGUAUGUGAAUUGUGUUAUUUUAUAAUGAACCCGUGGAUUUGGGGGUGAGGGAGGUCUUUCCAGCUAAAUGUUGGGAUAAUCAGACAUUUCAGCAGAAUGCAAUCACUCCAGGGCCUGCCUGAGGGAAGGGCUCUCCUGCUCACGUUGGAAAAUCCAGAGCUAAUUUCCAAGGUUUGACCUGUCCCAGCAUUAGGACAGUGCCAGUUAGUUUGUGUUGUACCAGACAAAUCUGUGCUGCUCCUUCUCUCUCUGGGGCUGCUGGAUCCAAACAAAACCCCUCUGGAAGGGAAUUCAGUGGAAUUCAGCUUCCUCUUGCAUCUGUUUCUUUCACUGGUAACUUUUUACCAUCCUUUUAACCAAAGAUAGUCCAUCUGGUGCCCAGGAAUUUACUUCAGAGUUUCUUUGAGCACAUGGCCUAGUGGAAAAUUGAGGGUUUCUUGGGGAGAAUUACCUGGACACUCGUUCUUGUUGUGCACAGGAAGCUGGAAUCGAGCUCAACCCUUUGCUGUGUGUUGUUUGAAUUACAGCUGUGCAAGUGGUCAUUUAAGAGUUCCAUAAAAACGUUAAGGCCUAACUUAACUUAAGCUUUUGUAGGAGUCAAGUCAAACGGAACCUGAGAAAAUACUUUAAAUGGUGGUAAAUAUCUAAAAUUACCUGGAGAUCCCCAUGCAGGUACCAGCAAAACAUAUCCAGGUGAUUGUGCACUUGAAAGAUGUCACAAGUCAGAGGACUGAGGUCCUGAUGACCUCAGAUCCUCUUCUCCUGAUUUGGGCACCAAUAAUCUUUGUUUCACUCAUGAAAGACCAGCAGUUUUUAAGUGCUGGGGAUUCAUGGAGAUUAUAAAUUAUCUCUGAGAAACGAAAGAAAAGCAAAUGUUAAUUAACUAAAAUAUUGCUUUAUAGGGCAACACUGAAGGUGUUCUGCUCUUCUAUUGGAAACCAUAUUAAGGUUCCACACACCUCCACUCUUCUCCCCCAUAAAAAAUUGAAAUUUUAAUGCAUUACGGAGUAAUUUAACCUUUUAAGUGAAUAAGGCAAGUUUUAAUGAAAGUAAGCUCUUUCAACACAUGAAAAAUACUGUGUUGAAUUAAAAGAGGAAAAAAAAAAA